UUGAAACUCGACGGUUUUGUGUCUUUGGUCCGCGCGUGAAACCACAAUAUAAAGUUAAACAAAAGUGCCGACCGCUAGCGAGUUUUGUUUUUGGCCAAAAGCGAUUGCUAUAACGCUUAUUUGAUUAACUUGAAAAAUCACAACAAAUAAAUACAUGUACUGCAACCAAUAAGAAAAGCCAGACAAGUGGAAAAUCAAACGAGGCCAAAGAAGACAACAUCAGCCAACGAGAAGUAUUAAGAGGAGGCCAAACCCAAAAAAGCGAGGACAAGACAGCCGUGGACCCAUGCAAAUUCUGGUGAAAUCUCUUUUCUGGUUCUGGAUUUGGAGUUGAAGCUGAAAGUUGGUAGAUACAGCUGGCAGAUAGAUUGCUUAGAGGAGCACCAUUUCGUAGUUGGUGGGACAGUGUUUGUUUAUUGCAACCAUCGGCGAGAUCCACACGAUGCCAGGCCACUUGCACGCCAUAGAUCUUUGAGGCCAGGCCUGCAACAUUUGGAGUGCAACGCCGUCGGUUGCUGCUGGUGGAGCAAUCGGCCAGAUAAAUUCUAAUAAAUAGCCAGACAAAACAGAAUACUUGGCAUAAAAAUAAAUAAGAAUCGAGGAACGCGGAACGAACAGCUCUCCGCACGCAUUGCAACAGAUUUUGGUGUUCGAUUUUGGAAUCGUAUUUAGUUGAGGUGUGGAGUGCAUUGGCCAGACGGAACGGGUCAUAUUCUGCUCCAUACUUCUCCACCUCCUUCUAACUUCACAUAGACGUAGGUCGCGGCCAAAAAGUGUUCCAGGCCAGAGGCAUCGGCAACCGGAGUGAGGUGUACACUUUUGGCACCAUGGAGGGCGGUUACGUCAACGAAGAGGAUUCUGACGCCAUAAUGGGUGUGGAAAGUCCAGCCAUCAUAUCCUAUACCAAUCCCAAACUGCAAAUACCAUUAAUGGCAUCUGCAAUUUAUGCGCCCACCACCACCACCACCACAACAUCACCAGCCGGCAAUCCGUCAUCAGCCACUGCGGCCACAUCCAAAAAUGCAUCUGCUUCUGCUUCAUUAUCAUCACCACCAGGUCCUUCAUUGGCAUCACCGGCAACCUCUGACCCUGUGGGCGAUGGCCCUUUCCAAGGAUUCGUUGCCAAAUUGCGUAAUUUUAAAUUCAACGACACGAAAAAUAUAAGAAAACGUUUCCAUUUCGAUUACAUAUCAAAGGACAGAUUUUUGGGAGGUCAACUCAAGACCAAGAAUGGCCAGAAAUAUGUUUUCAAUGGACCUCCAUCGGGGGUCUAUGUUUCCAAAGCCUGCCUGAUCAUCGCUGCCUUCAUCACAGUUCUUGCUCUACUCUUCACCAUUGCCAUUACCUACUUUGUGACCAGGCAGGGACUGAGUCCGAAGGAAGAGACUCCCGGUUGCAUCACCGCCAUUGCCGAUCAUCCCGAUGUGAAUGCGACUCCCAUCCAAACUGCCGGCUGGAUAAGCCUGAAUUCACCCCCACCCUUAGACGCUACAACGGCCACUACGACGCCCACUCCACCGCCAGAUCCCACACCAACGACGAGUGUGAAGCCCCAAAUAAAGGUAGAGGAUCCUAAAGUGGGUGAAAUUCCUGUGUUGAAGCCAACGGUAGAAGUCGAGGAUAACAUCACCAAGCCCACAAAUCGUCUACUAAAACUUUAUGAAGGAUGGCGUCCACUUCACUAUAGCCUGCUCAUUGAACCCGAUGCGGAAACAUCGAUCAGCAACGGCAGCGUGACCAUUGAGAUUGAACGGGAUGUGACCAAGGUGACCAGUUGGGAGCCCAUCGUACUCGAUGUCCAUAAUAUCAGUAUCUCCAAUGUUCGGGUGAUUCGUGCCCUUCCGGAUACGGCGAAUAAUGUCACCGAGGAGCAGGAGUUGGAUUUCGAUAGCGACUAUGGAGAUGAUAAUGCCACUUUUGUGAUUAACUUGUAUAAGGCUUUGGCAGGGGAAACACAACUGAGAUUGCAGCUUAGUCUGGAUUUCGUCAGCCAGGUGACGGACACUUUACAGGGCGUAUACAAGACCAGCUACAUCAAUCCGGACACCAAGAAAGAAGAAUGGAUGAUCAGCACUCAAUUCUCGCCCAUCGAUGCCCGUCGCGCCUUUCCCUGCUUCGAUCGUCCCGACAUGAAGGCCAAUUUCUCGAUCAGUAUUGUCAGAAACACCAAGUACAAGAUGGCCUUGUCCAACAUGCCCAAGUCACACAGCAGUCGCUAUCGCCGGGGCUAUGUGAGGGAGGAUUUCAUGACUACACCGAAGAUGCCCACCUAUCUUGUGGCUUUCAUUGUGUCUAACUUGGUGGAAUCCCAAGUUGCCGGCUUGGACAGUGAAUUGUCGUCACGAGUGGAGAUCUAUACACGAGCACCGUUCAAGAAUAUGACUAGAUACGCUUACGACAUGGUACGAAAGUUCCUGCCCUACUACGAGAACUUUUUUGACAUCAAGAACAAGCUGCCCAAGAUCGACCUGGUUUCCGUACCAGACUUCGGUUUCGGUGCAAUGGAAAAUUGGGGUCUUAUAACGUUCCGCGAAUCCGCGCUGCUGGUGCCCGAGGACUUGGAACUGGCCUCCUCCUCAGAGCACAUGCAGUUUGUGGCAGAGAUCAUAGCCCAUGAGCUGGCACAUCAGUGGUUUGGAAAUCUAGUGACUCCGAAGAGGUGGGAUGAUCUCUGGUUGAAGGAGGGAUUUGCCUGUUAUAUGAGCUAUAAGGCAUUGGAGCAUUCUCAUCCAGAGUUCCAGGUCAUGGACACUCUGACCAUGUUGGAGUUCAAGGAGUCGAUGUUGCGCGAUGCGGAUAACACCUCGCAUGCCAUAUCCUUUGAUGUCCGCACCACUAAUGAUGUGCGGCGCAUCUUCGAUCCAAUUAGCUACUCCAAGGGCACCAUUCUGCUGCGCAUGCUCAACUCGAUUGUGGGCGACGUCGCUUUCCGAUCGGCCACUCGGGAUCUCCUCAAGAAGUUUGCCUAUGGAAAUAUGGACAGGGACGACCUGUGGCCGUUACUCACACACCAUGGUCACGAACAGGGCACUUUGCCCAAAGAUCUGAGUAUCAAGCAGAUCAUGGACUCGUGGAUCACGCAACCGGGUUAUCCGGUCGUCAAUGUGGAGCGACGUGGCACUGAUCUGGUGCUGCGCCAGGAACGCUUUAUACUGCCCUCCAAAAACCCAGGAGAGCUGAGCACCUGGUUUAUACCCAUCACCUUUGAAACCGAUGAACUGCGCAAGGGUCACAACAUACCCACUCACUGGAUGAGGGGCCAGGAAGAUGAGGAACUCGUCGUGGCCAAUGUCUUCACCCAAAGCAGCAACAGCGAUAACGUUGUCUAUCUGAAUCUCAACCGACAGGGUUACUAUCGGGUCAACUAUGAUAUGACCUCCUGGCUGGCGCUCAAAAAGAACUUCAGCUUAUUGCCAAGAAUCACCAGAGCCCAGUUGCUUGAUGAUGCCCUGCAUCUUUCGCAGGCGGAGUACCUCACCUAUGACAUACCGUUGACCUUCCUUAUGGAGCUAUACGAUUCCGUGGAAGAUGAGUUGCUUUGGAGUGCCGCCAAGCCUGGUCUCAACUAUCUCAUUCACAACCUCAAAAGGGAGCCUGCCUAUGAGACUUUCAGGGCCUUCAUGAAGUUCAUCGUGGUUCCGGCCUUUAGUCAUUAUGGCCUAAACGAACCGGACAAUGAGUCUCAUCUGCAACUUAAGCAUCGCGCCUUGGUGGCAUACUUUGCCUGCAAAUUCAACUAUGAUCGUUGCACCCAAGUGGCGCAGACGAAGUUCCGCGAAUGGAUGCGCAAUCCCAAAAAGAAUCCCAUUACGCCAAAUCUGAAGUCUGUGAUUUACUGCACCACCUUGGCAGAGGGUUCUUCUCCAGAAUGGUACUUCGCCUAUACGCAGUAUAUGACAACCACAAGUGCCUCCGAGAAGGAGGAGAUACUUUCCUCACUGGGUUGUACCACCAAGCCCUGGCUGCUGUCUAAAUACCUUAAUAUGACCAUCAAUCCCACUUCGGGUAUAUUGAAACAGGAUGGAGCCUUGGCCUUCCGCUCAGUGGCCUCUAACGACAUUGGUCAUGAGAUAGCCUUUGACUUUUUGCAGAGCAACAUUAAGGAGAUCGCUGAAUAUUAUGGCGACGGCUUCUCGACUCUGUCCGAUAUGAUCAAGUCGCUGACCAUCUACAUGAACAAGGAAUACCAAAAGCAACAACUCCUGGAGCUGGCCGCCACCUGUCGGAAACUGGGUCUGAAGGCAGUGGAGUCAGCCAUUGAUUUGGCUUUGGAGCAGGUCAACAAUAAUAUCUACUGGCGCAGCCACUCAUACCAUAGCCUGAAGAACUUCCUCGAGGGCAUCGUCAGCGAGUUCCAGAUCAACAUCUUCUAGAUGCACAUGAUUGGCAAAUGGGAAACACACAAAUUGAUUUCAACCAAAAAAAAAAGCGAUUUAGUUACUGUAACUAUUACCAUUAUUUGUAUUCGUGCAAAGGCCUCAAAUUAAUUUAAUGAAACGAAUUAUUUGCGAAAAGUGAUAUAAAUAUGUAAGUUAGCCAGCAUAAUUUAGGUAACCGAUUUACUUUUUGCAAUUGUAUAUUUAUUUAUUUGUAAGUCUCGCUUCUUCAGCUUCUUGGCAUUGCUCUGCAAGGUUCCUACUAAAAAUUAGAAAGCAACCGAAAAAUACAUUGUUCGAAUAACACAUAUUCAUUGAUUCAGGCAUCAGUUUUAGUCCAAAAUACAAUAAUAUCUGCCACGAAAUAUCUAAUGCUGCUUGUGUAAAAUCUGUAUUACCUAUACGUAUAAUUGUCAAGUCCUUUACGAUCGCACACCUUUAGAUCCUAAGUGAAUCAAUCUAGCACUAAGUGAACCAAAUAUCUAUUUUGUAGUCGAUCCAAUCAAGGUGUUUGAAGGCCCCAGGUAGGGAAGAGAAGCUUCGAGUUUAGAAAGAUAUUGAAACUGAGUGUCCUUAAUGCAUGGUUUAAAAUGUUUGCUAUAGCAAGGAUAGUACAUACAUACACACACACACAAAUAUAUUUAUUAAUGUACGAGUACCUAUUAUGUAUUUUGUAAAGCCCAACACUGAAAUACUUGUAUCGCUGCUGCACAACCAUGUAAAUAAGUUUUAAAGCUUACACUAAACAUUUAAAUAAACUAUGUAUUUACGUAAUUUUAUUCAAA